GGUUGUCGUGACAACGGGAGAACGGAGAUGACGUCAUUGGUGGGUGCCAUUCUUCUGACUUCCGCCUGUCCGCGGUCGGUGUUUGCACAUGGUAGGGAUAUAAGGUGCAGCUGCAAAUGGUGUGUGUACAUUGUACUCCUGGCCGGGGAGGACCUACAGCUCGCACCGGAGAUUGUGCUUAUGGAAAGAGGUUUGAUAACAGAAUCAUGUAAAAUGGGUGAACCUUCCACAAAGAAGUGCGAUCUCAAGACCAGUGUGGACUUAGGGGCAGAGGAACAGAAAGAUGAGGGAUUGACCAUUGCACUAGAGAGGAAGGAAACUGUCUUGAAAUUCCUAAAGAAAGACCUAAAUAAGCCCCUUCUCAAAACAUAUCAUCUCCAGGUGAAGAUUCUCGCCAAAUGCUCCUUUUACCUUGAGAUUCUACCUAGGUAUUUGCCACUGGGAGACCAAAACCUGAUACCUAUGACUAUGUCUCCACUCGUAGACCCCUGUAAAUUUCGGCGUAUGAAAAAGAUAGGCACCUUCCAGACUAAGAUCCAGAUCCUACUGUUGGAAGAAUUCUUGGAGCAAUUGCAAAAAGGCAGAGUGAAGCUAAAAGAGAUUGUACAAUCUUACAGCAUUAGCAGCUUCUUAACAAAAUGGAACUACAUCAGCCAGUGUCUAUCCAACAUAACAGGCCUUCUAGACAACUUUCUGUCCAUGUUAGUGCCUGGGCCACUCUAUAUGAAGCAUCAUCUGAUAUUAGAUGUUGGAGGCAUUGCUAUUCCUAAACUCCAGCUGGUCCUGACAACGAAACCACCAGUAGUGUUUGACCGAUUGGAGUGUAAGGCUCAUGAGAACUGGAUAAGCCUGAAAUGGUACACGCAUGGGCAGGAGACCCAAACAGAAAAAUAUGAUCUGUUUUUCCAGAUAUGCCAAGUACAAACAACUCAGCAUUCCGUGCAAGAAUCCAUAGUCUCCAUUAGCACCAACCACUUAGUAAUCCGCCAUCUACUGCAAGAUCAGAUUUAUGAGUUCUCCAUACGAAGGGCAGAGACUAGUAAUUUGGUGUAUGAAGCUUGGCAUGAUGUCAUCACGCUGAAGACACAGCAAACAAGGCAAAGCACUGCACUGUCACACAUUAGCCAGCUACAAGAGACACACAAUUGACACUUGUCCCCAGUACAAUACUUAAUGGUACCUUUAUCCUCCUUAUAGAAACAUAGCAUUCCCUGGGGAGGAAGACACAAUAAUCUUUGUGUGUUACUCUUUCAUUUGAACCAUGCCUGCGUGUAUCUGUAUACAAUUUUAUUACACUUGUAGAAUAAGUAAUAUCUUUUCAAUACACUACUAUAAAUUU